GCGAUCGGAUACCGUGAACGAAAGGAACACGCACAGGUUAAUUUAUCAGGGCAUGCAAAAUAUAACAAAGGAAGCCCGAGCCAAACUUUGGACAAACCUACAACAGUCCUAACAAACUCUUCACCCUACAAAUUGAUAUGUAUUUGUCCGCUUACUGUCGUCCACUGAUUACCAGAGAUGCAUCGGGACAAAAGUGCGCACUCGUUAACAUGGCUAGGGCAUCCUGAGACCAGUGAUCUGUAGUCUAGAUAAUUGCAAUUGUGCGGAAGGAAACGCAGUGACCAGGAGCUACAACACCAUCAACCAUACCAGUUUUUUUACCGUUUCAAAUCCCAAAUCUUAGCAGCGUAAGAUAACAAGCCAAAACGCACUUAUCGAUCGGGUUUCUUAGCAGUGGAAGGCGAGGAUUCAAAGGCUUCUAUAGUAAGAUCGGAGGUUCAGUUGUAGCGGUUUGUGAAUUCUAGGGAAGGUUGGGCUUCUAUGCUUCUUGUCGGUUCCUCCAUCAAUUUCAAAUUUGUGGUCUUGUCGGACAAGUAAAUAAAUCUCUGUAACGGUAAGUGCAAAUAUCUGCACUAUUUUCUAUUACAAUCUUGCGAUCGGAAAUGGCCGAUAAACGACAUUUGGGUUCAUGGGCGGAUGUGGGCUGGGAAGACCCGCCUCAUGUUCCGCAGUGGGUCUACACGAACGACAGAUGGAAGGACAUGGUGAUACAAGUAAACCAGAGCGGAAAUAACAAGGUUUUUCAACCAGUUUCAAAAUACUUUCAAGGCUUCUUUCGGAACAGACGCUGUGUGGCAUGGAGACAGAAUAACAAUGGAAGGAGAUUCACUCGAGGGUGUUUUAAUAAUGGUGGGAAUCAAGGGAAUUCUAAGAAGCAAUUGAAGGGCUUUUCAGGGAAAUGGUCUUUGGAUCUGGGCAAUCAGCAAACGUUUGCUAGGGUUGUUGGCUUGGCAAAUAAGGAGACUGCGGCUAGGGUUUAUGUUUCUUCACAGCAAGUGGGAAAUAAGGAAGGUUUUUGGCUCAUGGGACUUGGCACAGGGCUUUGGAAAAUUAUGUCUUCUUCCAUUGAUAGCAGCUGUGGAGUCUACAUUUGAAAAUUAUCCGAUGGGUUUUUGUUUUGUUUUUUUUGCAAAUUGCCAUAUGGGCUAUAUGUAAAACUGAUAUUAUAUGUGUUGUGAUCGCAUUUUGUAUGUGAUUUUGGGCGGAGUGUAUAAACUAGUCUGUUAGGUACUAUAGGUUUAUUUUAUGAGCUGUGACCGAAGGUUUUCUUCCCAAGGUUCUUUCCUCCAGUAUGCUUUUUGAA